UUCAACCUGCCCUUGAACCGUGGGCUGGAGCGCGCGCUGGAGGAGGCGGCCAAUUCUGGGGGCUUGAACCUGAGUGCGAGGAAGCUGAAGGAGUUUCCCCGGACGGCAGCCCCGGGGCACGAUGCCUCGGACACGGUUCAGGCAGAUCUGUCUAAAAACAGGCUGGUGGAAGUGCCAAUGGAACUGUGCCAUUUCGUAUCACUGGAAAUUCUUAACCUGUAUCACAACUGUAUACGAGUCAUUCCCGAGGCCAUUGUUAAUUUGCAGAUGCUAACCUACUUAAACUUGAGCCGAAAUCAGCUGUCUGCUCUGCCUGCCUGCCUGUGUGGUCUGCCUCUCAAAGUCUUAAUCGCAAGUAACAACAAGCUGGGAUCACUGCCUGAAGAGAUAGGUCAGCUCAAACAGUUAAUGGAGUUGGAUGUCAGCUGCAACGAGAUCACAGCCUUGCCCCAGCAGAUAGGCCAGCUGAAGUCUCUACGAGAACUGAACGUCCGAAGAAAUUACCUUAAGGUUUUACCACCAGAACUAGUAGAUCUCCCCUUGGUAAAGUUUGAUUUUUCCUGCAACAAAGUCCUGGUGAUCCCCAUCUGCUUCAGAGAGAUGAAGCAGCUACAAGUGCUCCUUCUGGAGAACAACCCUCUGCAGUCCCCUCCAGCUCAGAUUUGCACAAAAGGCAAAGUGCACAUAUUUAAGUAUCUGAGUAUACAAGCAUGUCAGAUUAAGACGACUGACCCCCUCUACCUCCACGCCAUGGAGAGGCCUCAUUUACACCAGCAUGUAGAAGAUAGUAAGAAGGAUUCUGAUUCGGGAGUUGGAAGUGACAAUGGAGAUAAGCGGUUAUCUGCCACCGAGCCCUCCGAUGAGGACACAGUUAGCCUCAAUGUUCCCAUGUCAAACAUCAUGGAGGAAGAGCAGACCAUCAAGGAGGAUGCAUGCCAUCAUCUGACCCCAGCUAAAGGAGAAUUUCAGCCAAAGCCUUCCCUUUUGGGUGACACCAACAGCUCAGGACAAGAAAGAGACCAGUUUGCUGAUGGAGUGGAUGCUCUCCACCCGGGAUUUAUGAACUAUAUUAAGGACCAGGUGGGGGACUGUGAAGAGCUAUUGCGGAUAGAAGAGGAUGCUCACUGGCACAUGGAGGGGCUACUAGAGUCAUCCAAAGAUCAGGAUUUGGAUAUAUCGAUGAUUGAGCAGCUGAGAGAAGCAGAAGGUUUGCUUCAGGAUCCCAAUGGUCUGAGCACUGACAUUACAGAGAGGAGUAUUUUGAGCCUGUACCCCAUGGGCUCAGCAGAAGGCUUAGAAUUACCUGACCCUACGUUCAAUGGUCAGAUGCAGCUGGAGACGUCUCCAGAGUGUGAGGUGCAAAAUGAUCUAAUGAUACAGAGUAACGGGAGCCAGUAUUCUCCAAAUGAGAUGAGAGACAGCUCCCCUUCAGUGUCUCCUACUGCAAACAUCACAGCUCCUUUUGGCUUGAAGCCUCGCUCAGGAAUGGGCAACCUGCUUUCAUUUGGACCACAGCACAGAAAGGUGGCAAAGGGCUCAUUGUUUGUAAGACCGCAGAGAAAUUUGGAAUCUAUAGACCCACAGUUUACGAUUCGGAGGAAAAUGGAGCAGAUGAGAGAAGAAAAAGAGCUGGUGGAACAGCUCCGAGAGAGCAUCGAAAUGAGGUUGAAAGUGACCCUGCAUGAAGACCUAGGAGCAGCACUCAUGGAUGGUGUUGUGCUCUGCCACUUGGCCAACCACAUCCGCCCUCGGUCUGUUGCCAGCAUCCAUGUUCCCUCACCUGCAGUUCCAAAACUCAGCAUGGCCAAGUGCAGGAGGAAUGUGGAAAACUUCUUGGAAGCGUGCAGAAAACUUGGCGUUCCCGAGGAAAAGCUCUGUCUGCCUCAUCACAUCCUUGAAGAGAAAGGCCUGGUCAAAGUGGGCACGACUGUUCAAGCGCUAUUGGACGUCACCGUCACAAAAGCUCUGUUCACAUGAGACCAAGCCCUCUCUGCUUGGUGGGCUCAGACUCUACCCAGAGCAGGGACCCUGGACUCUGCUCCUGGCACCUGUACCUGCUCCCCAACUCACGGCCUGCCAAUUCCAUGACAAGCUUCGUUGACAAGGUUUCAACCUAAGGGAGGAUUCAGGACCUUUUAGAGCUGGCCUCCAGGGUUCAAGUUGGACAGGUAUUGUCUGACAGCCAGUGAGGGAGCUGGCAGAGAACUGAGUAGCACACCAUUGCCUUUUCAACCGCCUUCAUCCCUUCCACACUCACCAACUGCCAUUACCAAAUGCCAAGCACAAACCGUUUCACAGUGAGUCACGUCUGUUUUAUCAAAACCAAACUCCUUGCAGAAUCAGUGGGGGGGAGGGGGAUGCAAUCAGGUUUUCUUUUGCCACCAAAUUUUUUCAAGAUGUUUCUUGAGACCAUUGCCUUUUUUGAGAAACUAUUUUCAACAUACAAAAUAUUUAUAUAAAUAUUAUUUAUUAGCGAGUCGUUAUUCAUCCUUUGGAUGCAAAUUGUAAAUUAGGAAACUAUUUUAUUACUGCUUUUUUGUGGUUAAACAAUUUAUUUUAAUAUUAUAAAUACUGAGUUAUUUUCAAGCCUCUUGGGCAUGUAGGAGUUCCAGGUCUCAGUGUUCCUACUUCCUGGUGUAUAUGAUUCAGAAAAGAAAAAAAUUAAGCAAGAAACACGUGCUUCUGUGACAGAGAGCUGUUUUGAUUUGCAGGACAUUGUUCUUAUUUAUACUUCUGCAUUCCAUCCAGUUCCCUACAUUCCAGCAGCCCUCUUGUCCCUGUUACAGUGAACUGACUGAAAUCAAGAGCGCACCCCAGAGUUAUUUGUAAAUAGCUAUGUGGAAAAAAAUAUUAAACUUGAAGAUGAAAUGUGAACAGGUUUUUUUUUUUUUGAUUCUUGUUUCUUUUGCUAUGCACAAAGUAGACACAUUUUAACACAAGAGAAGUGGGAAGUAUUGAGCAUAUGUCUUGAAGUAUAAUUUUGCACUGUAUUUUGGGUAACUAAGUAGCAUCUAGCACCAAAGGUAAAUGUUGAGGAAAUGAGUGAGAAAAUGGGGGUGAUGGACAGUGACUGUCUAACUAAAAGGGUCAUGAGAGCUUGAGUCCGGAAACCAGCGCUUCUUAGAAACUGCCGGCAUUCAAAGAGGGAGAGCUUCUGAAAUGUAGCUGUCCUCGUUUUUUAUUGUAAUUGAGCUGGUGCUUUUUAAAGAGUCCAGACUUGGAAGCUUCGUGGUGUCUGGUAUGAAACUUGGGAAGUGAGUGGGUCAUGGGGCCUCUGGUGGGCAGCUACAUGCACAGCUAAAGCAGUCUGAGUAAAGGAAAGUAGGUAGAGUGUGUGAGCAGCCAGUGGGGAACAGGGACAAGCACAUUAGGACUAUAGAGCAGACAGCCCAGGAGAGGAGCCCGUCCCAUCCUGUUAGUGGGAGAGAGCUUCGCAGAAGGCUUCAUACGCUGAGCAGUCACACCCAUGCACACUCACGCUGUAGGUAUGGAUGGAUACCCCAGUCAUUCAUCUGUCAAAAGCCUGCGAAUGCCAACUGCACUUUCACCUCUGUACAAAGCCAUUAGCAGUUGUCUAGAGCAACAGUAGCCACAAUGGGGGACCAUCAGGAGGGACGAGUGCAUUCAACAGAGACUGACCCUCCACCAGGGCAUGGUAGAGGGGCUCUGAACAUGGGGAUUCAGACCGGCAGCUAGUAAAUUACUUCCUAUCAAAUGUACUGUGCACUUUAACAUAAAUAUAUUUUAAUACUUUUCUGUACUGCACAAAUACCUGUUUUGUCAAAUGGCAUAACAAUGUAAAGAUGAGAGGGUUUUAACGGUGUGUGUUUAGCUGGAGCGGCAUUCAGACCGUAGCGACACAAGGAUUUGGAAUGCUGCGCCUUUGUGGCAUUGCAGUGCAGGGUCCUGAAAUAUAUUUUUACAUGUAUCUUUGAUGACAUGAAGCUCAAUAACCAUUACUUUGGGAUAUUUUUUCCAAAAUUAAAGUAUUUCUUUUGAUAUUUUCACUAUUUUCUUGAAAUUGGCUGUAUCAUACAAAUGGCUUCAAUAUUUUGUAAAAUGUUUUUUUUUUAAUGAGAUUCUUGUAUGGAUAAGAUGUCUUCAAGAUCCUUGUACACUGUUUAUAUGUGCAAUGAAAUGUGCAUGGCUGGCUGACAGUAUAAGUAGAGUGUAUAUAGUGCAAACCUUUUUAUUAUUUAACAGCCAUUAAAAUUUUGAACUUGUACCAACCA